AUGGAUCGAGCAUCGCCGGAUUUGGUCAGUGAUGAAGGUAAGGUUUUGGGUAAUUAAAUUAGUAUGUAUUAGCUAUAUUUUUACGAAUUUUUAUUAAUUCGUGUUUGGUAGAAAAUUAUUUAUGAUGAUUUGAAAUUUGAGAAGAUCUACCUUAUCAUAGGUUAUAUUCUAAUCGAUUUUUCGCUAAUUUAUCGACAAUUAUAUUGAAUUUCCUUUUCCAAUAAGAUACUCUGAUACCUACUUGAACUUUUUAAACCAAAAUGAAGGUUUUAGAAUCACUAAUCCACGUGUUAUGUUGUUUUAGGUGAGGAAAGGCCAGCUGGCAGUGGGAAUUUGGUUUGCCUGGUUUGUGGAGAUACAGCGACCGGUCGACAUUAUGGUUCAGUAGCUUGUAAUGGUUGUAAAGGGUUUUUUCGACGUACUAUCAGAAGGAACUACAAAUAUACGUGUCGAUUUAGCGGAAAUUGCCAAAUUGAUAAACGUAUGUUGUACUUGAUGGUGUAUAUUUAAAUUUAUCUUUCUUGCUGAAGAUCAACGUGUUAUUUGGAAAAUUUUAUAUUUUUAUGAAGCUAAAACCUCGCUUUAUCUACUCCAAUAUUAAUAUUUGGUUAAUAAUAACAUUUUUGCAGAUAAUCGAGCAGUUUGUCGCGCCUGUCGUUAUGCAAGAUGUAUAAGAUACGGGAUGAAAGUUGAUGGUAAGAAAAAAUUUUUUUAAAUGUUUAUGAAUGUUUAGCGGUACAAAAUGAACGUGAUCUCAUUGGAAAACGGCCAAGAACUCAAUCGGCAAACGGGGGAGGGACUGCUUCACCUCCGAACGGGCCUGCUCAAGCAAAUUCGGCCGCUUCACCGACUGGUAUUAACUGUGCCAACUUCUUUAAUAGUGACAGCAACGGUCCUGGGUUAGUUUAUUGUUUUGUGGAUGUUUGCGAUGGUUAGGGGUUGUUUUUCUAAUGUUUUUAAGAGUUUUUGCUCAUGGAUAAUAUCGCAGAUCGUUUUGGUCGAAAUUUUUUUAAUUUUGUGAGGGUUUUUGACAUUUUUGGAUAAAAAAUUAAUUUAAAAUGAAGGCUUUACAUUUUUUAGGUUAUUUUUAAGCAUUAGAAGUUCAAAGUCUUCAAGUUUUAUCUAAUUUCAGGUCGAUUCCAACUACCUCAACGUCGACCGACCCGUGGGAGUCGCCCAAGGCAUUGUUGGAACUGUUGUUGCGUUCGGAGGAGAAGGAGAAGAAUUUGCGGGCUACAGUAAUAAAGGAAACGGGAAAACUCGAGUUUACAACCAAGAACGAACCGGUACGAUGUUGUUAUUGAUGUUAAUAAUUGAUGUUGUUAUGAUAGCGAUUAUUUAUGGGGAAUUUGAAAAAUUUUGCGGGAAAAGGAGUUUUGAAAGUGCAGAAAUGGAUUGAUUUCUUUGCUUAAGUAAAUUUAAAUAUUUUAGCGCUUUUCAUCGACCACGAGUCGUAAAAAGGCCACUUAUAAUGACAUUCUUCAUUCACUGCACAGUCAAUUGUUGUUGGUCAUUGAAUGGGCCAAAACUCUUCGUCCGUUUGCUGAAUUAUCGACUGAAGAUCAAACUGCAUUGUUGAAGAACUUUGCUUCGCAACAUAUCGUGUUAUGUGUGGCAUAUCGGUCGAUUAACACUUGUGACAUGUUACAAUUGAUCAAUGACACUUGUAUUCCGAGGGCUAGUGGAAGAACUGAGUAGGUUUUGGGUUGAAAAGAAAGGUUUGGCUAGUUUGAGGUCUGGAAUGAAAGUUUUUUUGUGAUUUUUUGUUUUGUAAAUAAAGUUUUUGUAAUUUUUUGUUUUGUAAAGAAAGUUUUUGCAUUUUUUAUUUUGUAAAGAAAUUUUUUGUAAUUUUUUGUUUUGAAAAGAAAGUUUUUGCUAUUUUUUGUUUUGAAAAGAAGUUUUUUGCGACCUUUUGUAUUGUAAAGAAAGUUCUUGCCAUUUUUUUGUUUUGUAAAGAAAGUUUUCGUCAUUUUUUGUUUUGUAAAGAAAUUUCUUGCAUUUUUAAAAAAAUUCUAUUUUCAGUGACUUCUACUCGAAGGACUGUGACAGAGUGAUGGACACUCUGGUAGCACCAAUGAGAUUCCUCCAAAUGGACGAUGUUGAGUUUGUCACAAUGAAGGCUUGUGUCCUAUUCGAUCCGGUAGCCAAAGGCUUGUCGAACGAAAGUGUAAUGAAAGUUUUGGACACAAGGCGGAAGAUCUUCUCGGCUUUGGAAUUUUAUGCCAGAAGCAAGAAUGGCGAAGGAUCGAGUCGAAUUGGUGAUUUGACUUUCUUCAUCUUGUCACCAUUGCAGGUAUGGAGGAGGUGUUAGGUUUUAGGCUUAAGCUUUUAGGCUUAGGUUCUAGGCUUAGGCUUCUAGGCUGAGGAUCCUAGGCCUAGGCUUAGGCUUCUAGACUUAGGCUUCUAGGCUUAGGCAUAUAGGCUUCUAUUCUUAGGUUUAUACUUGGUUUUAAAAUUUUUAGCUUUUUGAAAUUUUUUUUCGAAAUUUUUUAAAUUUUUUAGAGCUUGGCCAAGUCCAUCUCCGAAGACAUUUUGGUCUCGAAGCUCUCGGGAAUGGCCCGCAUCGAUAUGCUAAUGGAAGAACUGAUCCUCGAAGACACCGAGCCAAAACAACGAACUCCAUUAAGCCUACAACGAUCGCUAUCAGAAACCGAAGAUCCAAAUUUCAACGAAUUUCCAGCUCCAAUGUCUGCCAACUCCGAGCCACAACUAUCACAACAACCGACAUACGAUGACAGUAUGGUAUACCCAACGUCGGUUACGGUAGGAUCAGCCCCAACUGAUAUACAAUUGCCACCCAAGAAUGCUAUACCCGCGAUGAAAAGCGAAAUGUCACCGAUUCAUCAGUACGAAAUGAUGUCAACACUGUCGUCUUACGUGUUUGGAGGGACGCUGCAGAGGUAGGCUUUGGGGUUUAGCUUUAGGCUUAAUUUCGGUUAUUAGGCUUAGAAAAUGAUUUUUAGGCUUAGGAAUUGAUAUUUAGGCUUAAAAUGGAUUUCAGGCUUAGAAAUUUAUUUUUAGGCUUAGAAAAUGUUUUUUAGGCUCAUCAAUUGAUAUUUAGGCUUAAAAUGGUUUUUAGGCGUAGAAAAUUAUUUUUAGGUUUAUAAAAUGAUAUUUAGGCUUCGGAAUUGAUUUUUAGGCUUAGAAACUGAUAUUUUGCCUUAGGAAUUGAUUUUUAGGCUUAAAAUGGAGUUUUAGGCUUAGGAACUGAUUUUUAGACUCAGAAGGUGAUUUUUAUGCUUAGGAAUUGAUUUUUAGGCUUAAAAUGGAUUUAGGAUUAGAAAUCUAUUUUUAGGCUUAGAAUAUGAUUUUUAGUCUUAAAAAUCACUUUUAGGCUUAGAAAAUAAUUUCGGGGCUAAAAAUGUCUUUUUAGACUUAAAAAAUUAUAUUUAGGCUUAGCAAAGUAUUUUUAGGCCCCACCAUUACCUUUAACAACCUAUAAUCUUCCAUUUCAGCCCCCUAUCCCCCUCGAACGAUGUAAUGUUUUCAUCGGCCGCCAACGUCGUUUCCCCAUCCGAUAUGACCGACAGCAGAGUGACGAGUCAAUCAACGCUGGAAGACCUUAGCCUAUUAUCCUCCACCUCGCCUCAACAAUGGCCACAACCUUUGCCCAUGACCUCAGGUCGUCUAUCGACUCAAAUCAACUACAACAACACCCCCAACGUCCAAUCGCCCAGCAACAUGUACAUGCCUCAGGCGUUUUAG